AUGUCCAGAGAAAGGGAGAGAUUUGAUGAGAUAGGAAAGAAGAUCAAAAGGGAAGGAGAUCAUCAUCAUCAUCAUGUUUCAAAUUCUUGUCCUCAGGUGGGAAGAAGACAUAUGUUAGGUCCACCAGGAACCCUAAAUACUAUAACCCCUUGUGCAGCAUGUAAGCUUUUAAGAAGAAGAUGUGCUCAAGAAUGUCCUUUUUCUCCCUAUUUCUCCCCUCAUGAACCUCAGAAAUUUGCUUCUGUUCACAAAGUUUUUGGUGCCAGCAAUGUCUCCAAGAUGCUAAUGGAGGUAGCAGAAUGUUCUAGAGCAGAUGCAGCAAAUAGUCUUGUUUAUGAAGCAAAUGUGAGACUAAGAGAUCCAGUUUAUGGAUGCAUGGGUGCAAUUUCAGCAUUGCAACAACAGGUUCAAUCUUUACAAAGUGAACUCAAUGUAUUAAGAGGUGAAAUACUUAAAUACAAAUUAAGAGAAGCAGCUAACAUCAACAUGAAUAACAUGAAUAAUAUGAAUAUGAAUAUGAAUAUGCUACCAGCUUCUUCUCAUCAUGUUCCAAUGCUCCCUUCUAAUUCUGCUGCUGUUUCAAUUGCUGCUCCACCGCCGCCGCCUCCUCCUCCUCCUCUUCCUCCUACAACCUCUAAUUCCUCUUCUUCUAUAUACUAUCACCAGAGAGAUCCCAACAACUAUACCAGAAUUUCAAGUGAUGAUAAUAUUUCAUAUUUUGGUUAA